UAGGCCUUUUAUAACUUGGUAUUUGUUUAAAGAAAUUAAUUAAUUAAGAAUAUGGAAGAGCAUGUAGGUUUUAGGUUCUAUCCUACUGAGGAAGAACUGCUAUGUUACUAUCUUCCUAAGAAGCUGAAUGGGCCCACACCACACAUCGAUAGGGUUAUACCGCUUCUGCGCAUCUACGACUACAGCCCUUGGGAGCUUCCACCAGAAUUUGCUGGAGAAGUGUGCCGUGGGGAUAGAGAGCAAUGGUUCUUCUUCACAGCGAUGCAAGAAAGGGAGGCGCGUGGAGGAAGAACCAAUCGCCUUACUCAAAAUGGAUACUGGAAAGCUACUGGCUCUCCUUGUGAUGUUUUUGAUCGUCGAAAUCUCCGAAUUGGAAGGAAAAAAACUAUGGUGUUCUAUGAGGGCCGAGCUCCCCACGGUUCCAAAACUACCUGGAAAAUGAACGAGUAUAAACUCUAUCAUCAAUCUUCCAUUUCUCAGCUGAGGGAAGAACUCAGCUUGUGCCGAAUUUACAAGAAAUCGGAGAUCGUGAGGGCUUUUGAUAGGCGGCCGCCGGCAGAGGAGGCGGCGGUGAUAGCGAUUCGGAAUCCCACAGCCGUGGAAAAUGAUGAAUUCGAUUGGGAUAUGGCAACUGAUCAAAUCGAAUCCUUAGAGGAUUCGGAUAUUCAAAUGUUGCUCAACUGGUUUGACAUAUGAUCCACUGCAAAACUAUAUAUUAUAUAUAUGCUAAUUAUAAGUUUAUGGAUCUACUUCUUAACAUCAAGUUGGAUGUAGUGAUUCUUAAUUUUUUGUUGUUGUUGUGGUUGUUUUUAAUUUGUUUUCUUUCAAAAAGAGAGAUUAAUAUAUAAUGCUUCCUCA